AUGGCCUGGCUUGGAUCGGUAGCAGAGCUUCAGGCAACAUGGAAGACGGACAAUGAGUGCUCGGAGAGCCUCAGGUGAGUUGUCUUACUUGAAAAAGAUAACAAUUUUAAAGACACACCUAAGUUUAUUUUAAGCCUUACUAGAGAAAUAUAUGUACACUUCUAGCUUUAAUCAACUAAUUACAACAUAUUACAGCCCUAAACUUAAUGUGUGAAUGGCUCAAAACCGGACCCUAUAGUGUUUAAACCAUAUGGAUCUCUUGCCCCCCCCCUUUUAAAACGCACCUUAUUUCCAGCCAUUUGGAAAGUAUUAGGUUGGCUGAGGCGGGGAGGCGGGGCAAACAGCAGCUUGGCCAAUCAGCAUCUCCUUAUAGAAUGCAUUGAAGACACUGAACUGCCCCAGGAAACGACUCCAGUGGCCAUCUGAGGAGUGGCCACUGGAGGUGUCCCUCGGCUUUAAUCUAAACACUGCCUUUUCUCUGAAAAGACAGGGUUUACUACAAAAAGCCUUCAGGAACAGACUAUACUCAUCAGAGCAACUACAUGAAGCUGUAGUUGUUCUGGUGACUUUAGUAUCCCUUUAAGAAGUCCCUCAAAACCCAUCUGUUCAGAAAUGCUUAUGGCCUCCCAGAGUAACUUAUGUAUCACAUAUCUCUCACUUGCUCUCUCCUAAAGAGUCACACCUUGUUUGUUUACUGUCCCCUUUGUUGACCUUCCUACUGUGUCUUUAUACUCCACUCUUCUACACUGUAAGCUUUUUUGAGCAGGGCCCUCAUCUACAUAUUGUUCCUAACAACCCACAGGGGGUUAAUUCAUAAGCGUGACAGCCCAACAGUAUACCACUCAUAGGCUCUUUGCCCAUUUUCACAUGUAUUUUACCUAAUUUCUCUUGUUUAUCUUACACGUUUUACCGUAUAACCAGAUGCCCAAGAUACACCGUACAUCUGAUGUUCCUGUUUACUCCUGUGCCUGGACAUGUAAGCUUAACUUGUUCAUCUUACCAUAAAAUUAGGCAGUUUGUGUUUAUUAGCAUGUUAAGUAGAACUCAUACUUCACAACUCUAUGUAUAACUGGUUUUACUAGGCAUCAAGCCCAAAUUAAGUUGCGUAUCUAGUAAAAUAUAAAAUGCGGGCUAGCGUCUCAACGCCCUCUUUUAUCAGAUCUAGACGUGAUAGAUUAGCCUGAACGAUCUUAAUCUCAUAAAAAUUAGCAAUUUUACUAAAAGCCAUGUUGUUGACUUAAGAUGUGUUACUAUAUAUACUUGUAUCAGCUGUCAUGGCUGUACCAGCCGGUUUGUAAUUUUACGCACAACAAAAAUAAAGAAUUAAAAAAUAAAAACAUAGGAAAGCAUCGAUUCAAUGCUUUCCUAUAGGGGGGUGGUGGGGAAGCGUUUGACAGCGCAUUGCAUGACCAUUAGCCCCUCUUACUUUGUAGGAGAUGUCAGCACAAGAGUUGGAAUCGGGUGAGUAAAUAAAGUUUUUUUUAACCCUUUAUUGGCCAGGAGGGCUGCGAGGGAGGGGGGAGUCAGAGGGUUCUAUAGUGUUAGGAAUACAGAUUUGGAUUCCUUACACUACAGAAUCCCUUUACGUCUACAUCUUUUUUUCCAGUAAAUCUCCUGUCUUGACCCAGCUUAAUACAUUUACCAACCCAAUUUGAUGUGUUUAGAAUGAUGCAAAGAAUCUAUGUAGAAGUUCAAUUAUUCAUCAGCUUGGUACAGAAGACCAGAAACUAACCAAAAAGUACUUUUAAAAAGAUUCCAUGAUCUUUGUAUAUCAUUUUAGUUUGAAUACAUUUAAGUCUACGCCUCAUUUCAGUGUAUCUCCUAUAUCACCCUUUCUCGAGCUCCUCCUAGGUCAAAUGCAGUUUUCCUAAGUCAUAGUCAUGCAAAAUCAGAACAAAUGAAACUGUCUCAGAACAUGGUUUUGAGAUACCAAGUACUUGCACAAGGCACGAGGAUUCAUGGUAGUCAAAUACUUGAUCUUUGGAAGGAUAAGCAGUGCUUUUGACCACAGAAGGGUUAAAAAAGGCCGCAUCACGGAUGAAAGGGUAACCCAAGCGAAGCACUUCAAAAGAUAUCUACUGAUAUGUUGCAUAACAAAAUAAUACACACAGAGGCGUCACAUGCAUUUUUAUAUUCCCGUAAUAAAAUGUCAAUUUUCCUUUAAAUAAACAACUUCAUAUCUAUACAUUUGCAAGCCAUUUGUCUAAUAAAGUGAAGAGAUUAAAUUCAAUAGUGUUAAAACCAAACCAUCAUAUUUUGCGUGGCAGAAUUUACUUGGCUCUUAGUUCGUUUUAUUUCUUUUGAUCUGUCUAAUCAUUUGCAUAAAGUGAGAUUAUUGGUUUUUAUUUCCUAUGAGAUUCUUGAACUUAAUUCUCAUUGGUAUAAAAAAAUAUAAAGAGAAUUUUAAAUGUUAUUGUGUCUUCCAUAUACUCAAUCAACUAAACACAAGUGACUCUCAGAGACCGUCUUUCAAUAUUCUGCUUUUGAAGACUAUGUAAUGAAAUUAGAUUAGCGGCAGAAAACAAAAUGAAUACGUGUAUGUGAAACGUGCCUUUAUAAUUAAGAUUCAAAUCUGAUUUACAUUCGCACCUCGUUGUUUCUGCAUUAAUGGCUUGAUGAGCAGAGCUUUUUCUAUAUUAUUAUCAUCAUCACACACAAUAUGUAAUAUUGUUCAACUAAUUUAGCUCGUCAAAAAUUGGAAUUAACAUUUGAGUCUUUUCGGUGUUAUGUUGUCAGGCAAUUAUGUUAUUGUUGUGACUAUGAUAGGAGAAUACACAGAGACCGUAUGACAGUCCUGGAGAAGGUAUUACAAAAAAUAGAAAAUUAAAAGUAUAAAGGGUUGAACAUGCUUGCUGCACACAGCAAUGGCAGAAAGUUUCCCUGGGGUAAGCAGAAAAUAUAAUUGUUUCUUGAUUUCUAUUGAAUUGCAGAUUGAACAGAGAUAUUGCUUUAACUAGUCUGAUUUAACUUGAUAGUCAUCUCAUCAAGGUGGGCCAUCGUUGAAUGAAUUUUGAGCUGCAUCUGAUGCAGGAGUAGAAGUGAAAACAUGAUAGCGUAACUAAACUAUGAAGAGUGGUGAAUUAAAAUCCAAAUGGCACGUAUCUCUUAUACCCUACUCAAAUUGUUUUUUGCUUUACGUGACAUUACAGAGUGAAUCCUUACAAUUUGGAUAUCAGUUUGACUUCAUACUUUAGGUGAUCUGAAAUUUUGUUAGAUUCCCUCUGCCUGAGCAACACAGCAACUCCAGAUGAUUGUUUCAACAUCCAUUGGGCCUCGAGAGCGGAUACACCUCUAUGCACAAGGAACAAGGUAUCGACAUCUGGAUUACCAUUCAACUUUAGACUGUAAGCACGUUUGAGCAGGGCCUUCUUCAAACUAUCGUUCCUGUAAGUUUUCUUGUAAUUGUCCUCUUUAUAAUUAAAUAAUAAUUGUACAGUGCUACAGAAUCUGUUGGCGCUAUAUAAAUGGCGAUAAUAAUAAAUAAUAACUUAAAGAGAUUCUAAGCAAAUGCAUACAAGUAAAAUAAAAGAAAAAAGAGAAACUUGAUAGCUUACACUUAAGUAAGUCCUCACUCAGAUCUCAAACAAGUUCUAGCACAUCUUUGGGUGAACAUAUACAUACAUGCCUAGUGUCCCUAUUUUGGGCCCAAGUCCCUCUGUCCCACUUUUCUAUCCUAAUGUCCUUCACAUCUAGGAACUCCAUAUUGUUGAGGGUAUAACAGAGCUCCACAGUAAUGAUACUCAAAGUAAUGUGCUUUUAAACUGCAAUAAAUGUGUUAAAAUAUCAGUCUAUUUAAAUAAGAUACAUUGUUACAUAUUUUAAAUAUACACACACAUAUGUACAUACAUACAAACAUAUAGAUACAUACACGCACAAUGCAGAUCAAGGAACAGUGCAUACAACAAAACAAUUUUACAAGACUACUUCAAAUCACACCUUAGCAAACAAAUAUGAAGCUUCAGUUACACCAUUUGACCAUAUUGUGUUCAGCCCACUGCUACGUCAUACUACCCCAAUAUCGGUGGUUCCUGCUGUCCUAAUCUGUAUUUUGUAUUGAUGUUGGUCAUGAUGCUGAAUGACAAUCGUCACGAAUGCACACUACAGUACAAUCACACAUACACACACACACACACACACACAAACACUGGGACACUGUUCACAGUCACCCGUGUGUUCACACUCACUCCAUUGAAAUCUAGCCUGGGCAGCUAGGGGUGGGGGCACCAAAUUUUGCUUUGGGCUCAAGCCCCAGGCAUUUUUCAAACUCAGCAACACCCCUGGCUAAAAGUAUAUUUACAUAUACCUUGUAUAAAUCUACUGCACUUUUAUUGUAGACGUGGUUUGUUUUAUCUCUAUAUCCCUGGGCCCUUGACAUUUUUAAAACUCCCAUGGGUCUCAUAAGUAUUCUUUAAACAUUACAGUGCUUCAUUUUUUAAUUAUCAUCAACUAAUCAUUUUAUUACUGCGGUAAUUAAAUGCCACUCUGCACAAUUAAAACUAAAGAAUUCCACAUUAGGGUAAACAUCUCAUAAAUUUUAAAUCUAAUAAAGCUUAAAUUAUGUAAAUGUGUAAGCAAGUAUCUAUUUUUAUUCUUGUGAAAAAAAACUAUAAAUUUCUAUCCUGAAAAUUCUCAUAUGACCAGACAUUUGGCAACAGUUUGGUUUUUGCCCAACACAGACACACGUUUUGGGCUCCUGUCCCAAUUUAUGAUAACAGGCAUGCAAUGGAGUUUUAGAUUGGUACUAUAAAGAAACACCUAUCACAGAGUUGAUUGCUGGGCUUAUUUCAGUGCUAAUAUAUCACUUAAUUACUGUAUUACUGGUCACACAAUUUGUGUCACCAACAUGACCUUGAGCUGGCCCCGUCCCAUUCCCUCCUUUCCAAACUUCAUACUUUCCUAAUUUACAACGUGAUGUUCUUGUAUCCAUGUUUGCCACAAUAUAGCAUAUUAAGCCAUGUUAACAAUAUUGAUGUACAGUAUUGUAACAUUGCAAGUAUACAUAAAAUCAGUUUACCUCUGCUAUCAGAAUCAGGGAAUUGCUUUAAACUUCCAUAAUUCCCUUAACAUCACCUGACGUUGGGGGACAUAAAGUACACCUAGCAUACCAAUCAUGAUUUGAUAUCAAUUCAUAGUGAAUAAAAUUGAAUGUACAAAUUUGUGAGAGAUUUCUCAAAGUGUCGCCGACAGUAUUGCGUCUUUUUUUGUGUAUGUGUGUUUUUUGACACAAUUUUUCAAAUCUGUCAAUUUUUUUCAUGUAAUCGCUACUUUUGCGCCUGUCGUUUUUGACUGUAUGCUGGUUUUGUGACGACACAAUGGGUCUGUCAAUCUUUCCAUUACAUUUUUAACCAGAAAAGUGUUCUUUCACUCUUUGUUUUUCUACUACUCUAAAUUUGCCUGUCUUUUGUAAAACGGCUAUUUGUGUGAAAAAUGGCAGAAUUUAGUAAGCGAAACACUGACACUUUUUAGAUCAUUUUAAUAAAUCUUAGCAGAUUAUAAACCAAAAAUAAAAGACACUUUUCAGAACACCUUGAUAAACCAAAUUGCAAGUAACUGUACAGGAGAAAACAAAUUUUCAUCUAAAUAUUUUUAAUGAAUACUAAGAGUGGGUGUCAAUUAUUUUAUAAUGACAGAUUUACAUUAAAACAAAAAUUAAAAAAAAAUGCAGCAAGGGAAAAAUGAAGGUGUUUUGUGUAACAUGCCCUGUGUGUUCCUUUUUUAGAAGGCAGUUGUAACAGCUUAGUGCAGUUAUAUUGUUAAAUCAAUUGUAAAGAAAGUAUAUAUGCAAUAAAUGUCUCCACAAAAUGUUCAACAAUUUAUUGUAGAAUCCUUUCAUACAACACACAAUCAGACAGGUGAACAAAUAAUAAUAAUAAUAAUAAUAAUAAUAAUAAUAAAAAAAUCCCUACUCAUAAUUUAAAAAAACCCAAAAGUUUUCAAACAACAGAUACCCUAGGGGGAUCAGUCAUUCAACAGUGAAUUACAAUAAACAGAAAUGUAAAUUUCAAAAUCAGGCCAAAGUAGUUGAUACAGAACAAUUCUCCAACUUAGCUACAUUCACAGCUUUUCUACUAUAGCCUGAAUUGUAAUUUUGUUUUCAAUUCACUGUUAAGAGAAUAAACCCUUAAGUGUUUAACAAUUCAUUCCAAAAUAUUGCCAAGUUUUGUUUAAAAAAAAAAUAAAAAAAUAGCAAAUACAAUUUUCUUGAUUGGAAGCAAAAAAAAGUAAAACAGGCUACAUUACCUUUAGUUGCCUUUGAGCCAGUGAAGAUUUCAUUGUGGCUGGUUAAUAGACUCUCUCUCUAUCUCUGGAAUCAAUUAUGAAUGUCUUUAAAUCAGCAGUUUUUAAAUGUAAUCCUCAGAUAUAGCCCAUCUCUAGCCUGCCCUUUUAUUAUUUUAUAGACAGUUUGUAAAGUUGUACAGCCUGCUGCAAUCAGACAGCCUGUGCUGAAUUAUAGAUAAUACAAAGUAUCAGAUCAAACUUUGGUAACUAAGUAACAUGCUAGGUGAGGGACAGCACAAGGUGUGUUUGUGUUGGUUUUCCCUGUCCUGUAAUUAGCUCUGUCAAUCUCAGUGGCUGUCUGCUUUUAAUCCUCUUAGUAAAAUCAAUUCCACAAUGCUGUUAAAAUAUUACAUUACUGCACUUUGCAAGCAGUAAACAAGGGGCAAGAGAAACCCCCUUCUUUAAAAUAGUAUUAUUUAUAUGGGUGACUAUGUUUUUAUAACGUCACCAGAGACCCCCUCAGCACUUCUCUAAAACUGUGUGGAGUGCCUCUGUAACCAUGGUAACCCCUAACGUUAAACAUGGCCCUACCCCUUGUCUGUUCACUUCCUAUGACUGAAUUAAACGCCUUUCAGCUCAGGCUGUCCUGCAAUGUCUUUCUUUGUCUUGUUGCUUUGUGAAGCUCAGUCUUGAAGGACAGAGUUUCUCUUUAAAAUAGGGGGUUGUAGCAGGAGCUGCUGCAGAACCUCUUGUUGUUUCACUCCUGCAUAUUUAGGCUAUAAAAAAAUAAUAAUAAAGUUUUAAAGUCAGCAAUUGUUGCUUGCCUUAAAGGGAACUAUUCACUUAACCCAGAACUGUGGUGAAUUCAAAGCUGCACUGCAAAAUGUAGGCAAAAAUAACCAUGUUUUGGCUAUGGCUGAGUUGUAUGUUGUUUUUCCAAAACGUCUGUAUCAGCCUAUAUUUUGCUUAUAAGCAUGUGAAUUUUGAACUAUAACUCCUUCCUUGAUAAACCCUGUCAGAGUUUUCCUUUGCUUACAAUGGUUAAAGGAACAUUCACAGCAGGAUGUAGUGGUUAUGGUGACAGGAGAACCCUGGCAUCCUCCCAGAUUAAAAGACCACUAUAGUGCCAGGAAAACAUACUCGUUUUCCUGGCACUAUAGUGCCCUGAGGGUGCCCCCACCCUCAGGGUCCCCCUCCCGCCCGGCUCUGGAAGGGGGAAAGGGAUAAAAACUUACCUUUUUCCAGUGCUGGGCGGGGAGCUCUCCUCCUCCGAUCCUCCUCCGUUCCUCCCCGUCGGCUGAAUGCGCGGCAGCAAGAGCUGCGCGCGCAUUCAGCCAGUCACAUAGGAAAGCAUUCACAAUGCUUUCCUAUGGACGCUGGCGUGCUCUCACUGUGAAAAUCACAGUGAGAAGCACGCAAGCGCCUCUAGUGCUGUCAAUGAGACAGCCACUAGAGGCUUUGGGGGAAGGCUUAACCUAUUAAUAAACAUAGCAGUUUCUCUGAAACUGCUAUGUUUAUUAAAAAAUGGGUUAACCCUAGCUGGACCUGGCACCCAGACCACUUCAUUAAGCUGAAGUGGUCUGGGUGCCUAGAGUGGUCCUUUAAGGUGUCAGACCGUUUAAGAUUAGUUUGACAAUUUACCUGGGUCAUGCUGCAGUAAACUCAAGUACUUUUUUUUUUUAUUUCAUGUUAGAUAAAAAUAGCCAAACUGAAAACUUAGCAUUUUCCAUUGUGGCUAUUAUAGUCUAAAAUUUGGAAUUUAGUGACUUACCAUGAGGGCAUUAGCUUUGGAAACAAUGGAAAUUGGGGCGAGGACAGCUUUUUGUAUAAUAAUCCCAGCUCCAUUUAGGGAGCAUACAUAAAUCAAUGCAGUUUCUCAGUCAAUAGUCUAUAUUAUCACAAAGUAUAUAUUAGAAGAAAGGGAUAGCCAACUCUUGUAAUGUUUUUAUUUUUGGGGGGGCUGGGGAGGUGUGAGAGGGGAGUGUGGCUGUUGUUGGUUUUUUCUUUCUUUCUCAAACAGUGAAACAAACAAUAAAAAAAAAAAAUAGCAAAAGCUAUAUCAGAUUUUCUUGGGGGUAUGUGACCUCCCAUCACCCCUUGUUCUUAAAGUCUCCGGAGGGUAAAUUGCUAAAGUGUGAAUUAUUAGGAAUUCAAUACAAAUGUGAAAUUUUUGUGGAGUGUAUUGGAAUUACAAAAUUAAGCCUUAAAAACCGCCAAAAUGUUACUUGAGCUGAAGAUAUUUUUUUCCUUAAGCAGGUAUUAUCCAUCUCCUAUCCAAGAAUGAUUUUAUUACAAAAUAUUCUGAAAUGAUAACCCAGAUGAUAAUAAUAGAAAUCAUUUCAAAUAGCAACCGUGUAAGAACAAUGCCCUGCUAUGACUCAUUUUGAAAACAACCCACUGUCUGUUUGUUUUCUUCAUACUUUUUUUCGUGUGUGUUGUAUUCUCAACAACUACGUAAUACCUAAUAAUAAUCUAGGCUCAUCUGAGAAUGUCACUUAAUUUAAAGGGACACUAUGUCACUAGAACAACUACAGCUUAUGGUAUUUGUUCUGUGAGUAGAAUCAUUAUCUUCAGGCUUUUUGCUGUAAACACUGUCUUUUCAGAGAAAAUGCAAUGUUCACAUUACAGCCUAGUGAUAACUUCACUGGCCACUACUUAGAUGGUUGCUGAAGCUGCUUCCUUGGGCAGUGCUGCAGAGUAAGCAGCACUGGCAUUCAGUGUCUCCACCCUCUACAUGCAGACACUGAACUUUCCUCAUAGAGAUGCAUUGAUUCAAUUCAUCUCUAUGAGGAGAUGCUGAUUGGCCAGGGCUGUGUUUGAAUCAUGCUGGCUCUGCCCCUGAUCUGCCUCCUUAACAGUCUCAGCCGAUUCAUAUAGGGAAGCAUUGUGAUUGGAUCAGACCACCACUUCUGCUGAUGUCAGCAGACAGGGGCAGGUCAGAGGCAGACAGGGACAGAGCCAGCAGCUACUGACUUAAAUACAAGUAAGAUUCUACUAUAUUUAAAGAGCUAAGAGGGGGACAGGGGUGCUAGAUGGUGGUUUUAACACUGUAGGUUCAGGAAUACAUGUUUGUGUUCCUGACCCUAUAGUACUUCUCUAAAGUAUGCAGGGUCAAUAUAAUGUACAUAUACCAUACUGAAUUUCAGAUUAGUCCCUAUGCCAAUAAACAUAUACAUGGCUAUUCAUUAUGGCUCUAUUCACUAAAUACUGGUUUAUUCACCAGGCCCAAAGGUCCCAAUUUCUGCAGGACUGUCCUGAUUUCGGGGUCCUGUCCUCGAAGUACUAUUCCAUAUGAUAUGCUGAUCAAGACUGUUGGAAUUUCAUUAAAAUUCCAAUGCAAUCUACAGAUACCAUCAACACAAUCCACAGAUACCAUAAGACAAAGUAAGGACUACUUUGUCUUAUGGUGAAACAUGAGGUCAACAAAAGACAGGGCUCCACAGUCAACUUUUGUCCAAUCCCAGCAGCCAUCACAAAUGAUGACAGUUUGAUUUAGGCUCAGUCUACGGAGGAUUGCGAGAUAAGAAUAGGGACAGGAGUGGGUGGAGCUAAAGAGCUGUGUCAGUGAUGUCACUAGGGACUUGCAAAAUGGGUGUUCCUGUAUUUGAACAAGGGCAGGUAGGCAGUUCAGAAAUUGGAAACCUGUGUAAGCCUUCGCAUCAGGCCCCAUAUGAUCAGCCUUCCUACCAUUAGGCUUCAAUCAUUUGAGAGUGUAUUGAGAGCAAGAAAUACAUAGCGUAAUUUACUAAAGUAAGAAUUCAAAGUUAAUUCAAAGAUAAUUUUAAAUUUAAGGUCAAAAUAGCCGAACUGGAAAAUUUCUCUAAGUCAGCUAUGCAUUCAAAUUUGCCCUUAAAUUUGAAAUACAAGAAUAUAAAAUAUGAAAAAAUAGACUAGUGAAAAACUAUACUAAAAAUAAAAAACUGAAGGCUUUGUGCAUAUUGAGCAGUAAGCCCAGGGCCUUAUUUACCAGAAGGCCUCCGAGGUGGUGACUUUGUAGCAGCAGGUAUUAGAGAGGUAGCAUGACCGGUGAGGAAAUCAAAGAUCUCAUGCUGGCCGCUGUGGCAGUAUGUGCAGCACCCAGCCUGCGCUAAAAGGAGACUACAAACCUGCUUCUCUUCCUUUUCGGUGGUCUGCUGUGCUGCACCAUCACUGCCAUAACCCCCUCGUGACUUCAGCAUCCUAGCAUGUAAGGGAGGUAGAAGGGGCCAAAACAGAUAGCCAGCAAAGAAGGGAGCAUGCAAUGCAAUCAAGAGCACUGCCCUCCACUCCCCUCCAUUAUUAUACACUGCCCUUCUCACCCUCCAUUCCUGCUAGGGGCAAGUGCCAGACACCAGCCAACCCAGGAAGGGACCUACCAGGUCAGCAGCAGCCUGCUUUGCCCAGCCCAAUGGUCAGCCUUCCAGUGUGUGUCUGCAUGAGUCAGUGUGUGUAUGUGUGUGUCUGUAUGGAUCAGCGUGUGUGCAUGGGUCAGUGUGAGUGUCUGCAUUGGUAAUUGUGUAUAUGUGAGUGUGCAUGAAUCUUCACAAAGGUCAAAGUUUUCAUAAAAAAUAUCAAUACUUUUAAAUUGUGGGAGAGUAUCAUGUAUGCAGGAGUACGGGAGAGUAUCAUGUAUAUUAGAACGAUAUAUGCGUAUUAUGUUGAUAUUAAUAUGUAUUGUGUAUAUAUAGAUUUAAUGAGCAGAAUAUAAAAUUACUAUAACACACAUUCAUUAAUAUACAUAUAUGAAUGAAGGGAUUACGGGCAUAAUGUAUUGAGGAAACUGGCCUUGGAGCAGCAAGUAGGAUAACUCCGGCCCUGAGCAAGCCUCAAGCCUUUCACCGGAUUAACCCCUUAAGGACACGUCAUGAUUCCCUUUUAUUUCAGAAGUUGUGUCCUUAAGGGUUUAAGAGUCCAUCCGCAGGCAGUUCGUAAAUAACCCAGAUAGUGUUUGAGAGAGAGAGAGAGAAAGUGUGUGUGUGUAGGCAGUGUACCUAAUUAAUCAAAUAUAUAAGGUAUUUGUGGCUUAGCUUUAUCAUUUGACAUGCUCUAAUUACAGUCUGACAAAUAUUACUAUUUAUAGUUAAUAUACCGUACAUUCACAUUACAUAAUGUGUUCUGGAGCCAGAAACUGGACACUAAAUAAUUUGCCUCGGUACUGGUUUGCUGGCUGAGAAAUACACAUCACAAGCAUCUCCUCUUUAAAUUGCCCAGUGUAAAGGGAAGCAGAUUUGUAUUGCGAUUAGUUCUCUAGAUUCUAUCCUGGUAUAGAGAAUGACAAUCAGCAACAGAGUAUUCAGCCACUUGCUGUAAGUCUGUGUGCAGUGCCUAUUGUCAGAGACAGGGGGAGUCAGUGCGCAGGCGCGGUAAGGAGCAGCAGACUUCCUUCUAAGAAUUCUAGUGAUGUGUUGAUCAUCAUCAGUUUAGGGCGGAGAGUGUGUUAGGGAACACAAGCCCUGUCUGCCGUGUGAAUGGUUAUGGAAGGCAUUUAGCAGACAGCACUGAGAGGUAAGAGCAGUCUAUAGACUCUGCUGUGUUCCUAACACACAGUCUUCUGUGCAAUCUGUAUAUUAGACACAUGGCUCCCUGCUAAUCACUGACAGCUAUCAGCAGGGCUUCUAUGAACCUAGUAUGACUUUCAAGAUGAGAUCACCUAUAUAUCUUUAUAUUUCUGACUGCUACAGAGUGUCUGUGAACAUAGCUUGUGAAAAGGCUGUUCUGUAAAGCUACAAAGUUUGUAAACAACAGGUAGUUCAGACUCUAGUGUAUGGGAUUGUGUCUGUAAAAUAACACUUGAAGAUUCAUGCAGAAGUAAUUAAAUAAUAAUCACAGGCCUUACAGGAUAAACUGGAUAAGUAUCUAGCUACAGUAUUAAUUGCAUUAUGAGUAGCUUAACUUGUUUACACUUCUAUGAACAAAUAUAUACAUACAGCAUAUGUAGAUUAGCGUAAAGGUUUUUGUAAUCUAAGUUUGGGUCCAUAUGAAAAAGGGGGUAAAUAACACUACAUAGUCUGAUUGUAAGCAGGGCUGCUCCCAGAUAUUUUGAUACCUCUUUAACCCCUUAAGGACACAUGACAUAUGUGACAUGUCAUGAUUCCCUUUUAUUCCAGAAGUUUGGUCCUUAAGGGGGUUAAAAUAUAAAGGAUAUAAAAAAAUAAAUAAUGUAUUAUGAGAGAGUGAUGCCAACGCUGCAUUCUGGAGAAACAACUUACCAAUGGUUAUACAUACAUCAUCACCCUGUUUAGUAUAAUGUUACACACCUUGUGCCCAUGUAUGUAUUAUACUGUAUAUAAACCUGAUACUCAUUUUCCCAGCGGUACCCUUAAUCCUCUUCCGUCUCUGGGCCAGGAGCUUACAUUUCCUCUAUUCGUAUAUGAAUUUUUGUUACCAAGAUAGUUGUCUAAAGCUGUCACAAGCGGACUCUUUCUUUUUUCCUUAUUGGUUUUCUAGUAAUAAGAAACAAUUUUAUUUGCGUAGAUUCAGAAUAAUAUUGAAUUUGUAUUUUGAAUAACUUUAUUUACUGUUACUUGAUAUGCACUGCUAGUCUCUCCUCUGAUGUGUUCUCUGAAGGUCCUCUGUCUGCUUCAAACACUUAUGUAGAUUGUUGUUGGCUUCAAACUGUGGAUGAACUUGUGUAGGCUUUUUAUAUUCUCUUUCUCUAAUUUCCCCACUUUCUUCUACUUCUGUUCCGACCUAUACUUUCCUCCUUAGAUUCUGCCAAUGCAACUCUCAGUUCGUUCUCUGGUUGCUGUAGCUCCAGGACCCUGGUUGUACUUUGGAGUCACAUUCCCCCUCCUUGUCGUCCCCACAAUCAGAGCCUUUAAAAAAUUAAAUAAAAAUAUUUUUGCUCCAUUUCCCAUUAACUUGGCACUUUCAUCCAAAGUUAUGUCACCUUAAGCCUCCAGCUUCACUCAUUGUCACUAUAUGUACAAACCCCCUUGACUUUAACAUCUGUCACUUGCCUAUUCUAAUAUCUAAUGAUAUCACGUUGAAAUGGGUGGAUUCUAUUCAGAUCUAGAGCUGUAGAACUGCUCUCUCUGGAGCAGCACUUGUUAUGUUAGCAAGUCAUACGGAUCCAUGUUUAAUGCUCUUCGGUGCCAUUAAAAAUGCUUCCUUCACUUGCAAUCCAGCUACUGCCCUUGUACCAAAGCUGAAUGGAGCAAACCUGGGCGAGAUAAACAGGGCCGGUGCAAGCAUUUUUGGAGCCCUAGGCGGAAACAAAUGUGCCGCCCCAUUUGCUUCACCCAAUCAUGCAGACUAACACACGCUGACUCAAACAGACACACACUGACCAUGCAAACUGACACACAUGCACUAACCCAUGUAGACUGAUGCACACAGACUCAUAUACACACACUUACAGACACACUGACCGAUGCAGACACACACACACACACACACAUAGACACAGUGGCCCAUACAGACAGACACACUGACAUACAUAAACAUACUGACUCAAGCAGACUAACACACAUUCUCUGGAAUACCUUACCUUCAUUGCUGUUCAUUGCCUGCGCCUGGCUCACGUCCUUUCUCUGCACAUUUCCUGUUAUGCUCCCGCCCACUUCUCCCCACGUACAGGGAAAGGGGCGGGAGCAAUGCAUGUUUGGUGGGGGGGGCCUGGCUUAGCCUGCUGUGGUGGAUGCCGCCGGACCUGUGUUCUACCGAGCGCUAGUGAGCAACAAUGUAAGUGCUUCCGAGCACCCGGUAAAAUGGCCGGCGGCAUACUCAAAAUAAUCUAAUUUGAUGGAGGGGCGGCCGCGAUACAAACAUAAAGCCAGGGCCUGCGUCCCCCCCUUAAGCAGCGCCCUAGGCUGACUCCUAGUUUGCCUAUAGAGAGCGCCAGCCCUGGAGAUAAAUAUCUACAAACAAUCACCAGUGGAUUCUCUGGGGUAAUCAAGCCUUCCCACGGAAUUUCACAGUAAAGUUGAAAAAAAUAGUAACUCUAAAUCCAGAAAGAUAUAUAAAAGUGUCCAAAAAAAUAUCAAUCAACAUUAUUAUUAUUAUUAUUAUUAACAUUUUUAUAGCGUCAACUUAAUUCGCAUUGCUUUAAAAUAUUAUUAAGGGGAACAUUUUAGCAAUAAAUGAGACAAUUACAAAAUGUUACAGGGACAAUAGGUUGAGGAGAUUCAUGAUCAAAACACAAUAGGAAAGGCUGCGUCAUGGUGGGAAAGUAGCAGAACUGGAGGUGAGAGUAGAGUGUGGCUCUUUAAGAGAAAGUGUGAGAUUUGUGAAAUGAUUUACUCUGGGAGGCCACAGGUAUUCUGAAGGACUACUUAAAUGAUUAAAGGCUGUGGAGAAUCUGAUGGGAGAUGAUUAAUGCAGCGUUGUGUUUUGGCGCAUGUGCAUAAGCUUCCCAAUACUUUACUAUUGAAUUAGUUGAGAUAGUUAAUUCUGAUUAUCUCAGCCACUAUGGUAGCGGUCAGCCAAGGGCCCCUGCGGCACUGGGGAAAAAGGUUUUUACCUUAUUUAAGGGAAGCAAGGGGGGCAAGUGACCUAAAUAGUGUUUUAACACUAUAGGGCAAGGAAUACAGUUUUGUUUUACUGACCCUAUAGUGUUCCUUUAAGUGCAUUUGAGUGCCUCCAGUUAUUAAAUGUGCAUAGGGAUUUGGGACAGUUCGCAAGUAACUUUUCUUUGUGUAUUGGGGCUCAUGUGUACUAUAAUCAUUGCUGCUAUCCAGCAGUAGUGGGAGUUUGAGUGCAGGGCUUAAUUUUGUAUGUUUGUAAGAAACACACAUACACAAGAUAACAGUGCCGAUAGAUGCACAAAUACAACUCUAUAAUCCAGCCGCAGCAACCAAAUAUAGCACAAACAGAAUAUGGCAACAUGCACACACUUUAAUUUAAAAAAAAUAAAAAUAAUAGGACCGGUACACCUAGGAACCUCACGUUAUUGUUUUGGAACAGUGCUGCUAAAAUGUUGCCUACCUCUGGGAUUGGCCAUCACUUGUUUUGGAUAUAAUCAAAUCAAAUAAAAUGUGGCAUUCUUUGCAAAGCAGAAUUAAUUUAGAAACAUCCCUGCAGGGGGUUAAAGAAUAUGCUUGUAAACAGUUAGACCAAAUUCCUUAUGAAUGUGCAACCCCUUUGUGCUUUCGUAAAUUCACCUAGCUGUAUCUGUAUGCUCUAGACGUUUUGUACCAAAUGUACUUCAUCAAAACCUAUUGAUCGAAUGAAGAAUUUUACUUUGCUUUGUGGUGAAUGACUCAUUUUGAUUUAAUUUGAUCUUUCUGUAAUAGCUCGAAAGAGUCAAAAACUAUAAUUUAAAGUGUAUCUGCAAGAAAUACAUUUAGCUAAAAUCACCAGUAUAGAAAAUUGUGUUUGCAGAAUUGCUAACAAAUUUAUUUAUUUUUUUUUGUUUCUGAAAAAUCUAUGAAAGGGUAAGUUUCUUCCUGUCACAUGUCCUUUAAAGGAUCACUAUAGGGUCAGGAACACAAACAUGUAUUCCUGACCCUAUAGUGUUAACACCACCAUCUAGCACCCCUGGGCCCCUUCAUGCCUCCAUAAAUAUAGUAAAAAUCUUACUGUGUUCAAGCCAGAAGUUGUAAAUCUGCAUGCUGUUAGACUCAGAAAAACAAGCAGUCUGCUGACAUGUGGUAGCCUGAUCCAAUCACAGUGCUUCACCAUAGGAUUGGUUGAGAUUGACAAGGAGGCAGAUCGGGGCAGAGCCAGCAUGAUUCAAACACAGCCCUGGCCAAUCAGCAUCUCCUCAUAGAGAUGAAUUGAAUCAAUGAAUCUCUAUGAGGAAAGUUCAGUGUCUGCAUGCAGAGGGAGGAGAUACUGGAUCACAGGAUGCUGUGCACAGUGCUGCCCUGUGCUCUGCUGACAGCAGAUCUGAGUGGAUGGCAACUCCGAAGUCCCUCUGGUUCAUUCUGAGUGACUGCAACUGGAGGUGUUCCUAGCUUUCAAUGUAAACACUGUAUUUUCUCAGAAAAUACAGUGUUUACAUGAGAGGCUGCAGGGAGCUCUAGUUCUCACCUGAACAACCUCAUUAAGCUGAAGUUGUUCAGGUGACUUCUCCUACAUGUAUUACCUCAAUGCUUAGUUACAGGAAAGAGCAGUUAAAGUUAUAUUUCAAGGCACCUGUGAAGAACUCACUCAUAAAAGACUAUGAUCCACUGAGCUCUUACCUCCCUGUCCAGUUGCCUACCCUUUUCUCCCCUCACUGAGACCCGAAGUGUCCAGACGCUAUUAGCGGGACCAGCCUGAUGCCACAAUGGAACUCCGGCUCGGCUACUCAAGAUUUCCCAGUCACCUUGGACCUCCAUUUUCCUCCCUUUCCCAGCAACGCAGAAGAGGGCUUUUUGGAGGGAAGAUUAUGUUCAUGGAAGGGAAUAAUUGCUCCCUUAAACCAUCAGGGAGCUCCAGAUCACCGAGGAUUUAACCGGACCGCAUGGAACUCUUUUCGGCCAGGACGGUGGUAGCGGUUGGGCAAAACUUUGACUGUGUGGGAUUUUAGACAGUUAUGCAUGGAUCAGAGUGCUAUUUUCUCAGAAUGGGCGCUCUUAUUUCCCCUUUAAAAUGAUGUAUAAUAUGUGGGGAUACAUUAUUGCUUAAGAGAUGUUUCUGGGGUCUUUCUGUGUUGUGCUCUCUGUAUUCGGGAGAUAAUUAGUUUACCGGUUAUCAACUCAAUUAUCUCCCAGACACAGAGACGCUUUGGCGGGCUUAGGGAGUUCUGAAUAGAGACCCCAUGCUGAGGGUCUGUGUAUAAAAUGUGUGUGCUUUGGCCUAAUAAAAGCAGUUCUUGUACCCUUCCUCAAGUCUUGACUGAUGUUUGGGUAUGCCGGAAGUUGUAAUCACUGCUUCACUAAAGGACCUGGGAGAAUCUACAGCGGAGGUACCAUUCUGAGUACGGAGCCCCGUUACAGCACCUAUCACUGAUUGCUCAUUUAGCAUAUGCCUCUCAUACUUUGCUAGAGGACUACAGAAAGAGUAACAUCUUGAGUGCCAGAGGUUGCCUACCUCUGUUAUAGUGCUAGUGCUGCCCUUCGUCUAAAGACACCUCCUAAAUGCCUCCAUUAACCUAAAACCGCUCUAUCACCAACCGAUACACUUUACCCUCACUAAACAUUGCCCCUACUCUAACUUGCAUUGCAGGUUCAAGAAUUUAAGGUUUUAUAUUUAUAUUUAAUAUAUUUUUCAAAUUUUGCAUAUACAUCUAAACGUGUUGCUGUGUGUAUUGCAUAAUACGCUGUUAAGAUUGUAUAGGGGUUAAUUAGACAUUUUCUGUAUAAACACAUAUGUGUUCCUUGCAAACAAAGUGCAUUUUAUAAAUUCACUUACUUUUCCCACUAUAGAUUUUGGAUGGAUUUAUGGUUACCAGCACAGCACGUCAACCACCCAGACUAG